AUGAAAGAGUUGGUGAUUGACUUCAAGAAGCAAAGUGGAAAGUACAUCAAUAGUCCUGAGGUAGAGAUGGCCAACAGCAUCAUCCUCGGAGUGCUGAUCACCAACAAUCUGUCCUGGUCCACCCACGUUGACGCUACGAUCAAGAAACAACAAUCACACCUCUACAUCCUCAGGAAGCCAUGGAAAUUCAGCAUGUCCAGGAAGAUGGCGAUACACAGAGUUUGGAUUUAUGUUUCUGCAGCACUCCUCACUACAAUAAGUUCCAUAUUUGCUGAUCAGACUGUGAAACCUAUUGUAGGGGUUUUAUUUCUCCAUGUGUUGGAGAGGGGUCACUAUCAAGAAGGAUUUCAAUCCUUCCAGGAAGCUAAGGGUAUAGUUACCAAUAGUUCUAUUACAUUCAGUGCGAAUCUCGAUGAUCAUCCUGAUCGGCCACGGUGGCUUCGCCUCACACAACGGACUGCGUACCAUGAUGGAAUGCUUUAUGGCACACCAACUUUGGAAGACAUUGGACAGAGAAUAAUUAAAGUAACUGCAUAUAAUAGAGAAACGUAUGAGACAACAAGUCAAAACAUCAUCAUUAAUGUUGAACAGAUAAUAGGGUUGAAAUUUCCGUACCAAGUUGAAUUCUUUGUGAAAAAUAAAGAUGUGGAGGAGGUAUUAGUCUUUGAAGUUCAAAAACAAUUCAAGGACAGAGUGCAGAGCAUUUGGGAUUCGAAUCAUUUGACCAUAAUCAACAUCACUUCUGCAUUAGACAGAGGAGGCCGAGUCCCUUUGCCUAUUGAAGGAAGGAAAGAAGGUGUGUAUGUAAAGGUUGGCUCCAAUAUUCCCUUUUCCUCUUGCUUGGAAGAAGAAGCAAGCCCUGAUGAACAGUGUGAUGACCAACAGGAACCUGUCAGCUGUGAAGAUACAUUUAGUCCACAUUUUAUAAUUGACUGGUGUAAUAUUUUACUGAUUGAUAAAUCCAAACCUGAUAUCCCCGAUGCUGAUUUGAUUCCGGGCGAUGGUGUCCUUACGGAUGGUGGAGAAUACAACCCACCUUCAAAUUCCAUUGAAGACAGAGACUACUACUUAGACUAUGUGGUGACAAUCACUGUUCCUUUAGUGAUUGCUCUGAUUCUGUGCCUCAUCCUUACUUACAUAAUGUGUUGCCGUCGAGAGGGCGUAGAAAAAAGAGACACAAAAUCCUCAGACAUACAACUUGUUCAUCACCAUUCAAUUCAAGAUAAUACCAGUGAACUUAGAGAUUUGGCUAAAAGCAGGGAUGGCAUCCGGCCUCUCUCCACUCUCCCUAUGUUUAAUGCAAGAACUGGGGAAAGAGCACCACCACGUCUGCCUUUCAACUAUGACACUUCCCGCGUACCUCUUGUAUUGGACCAACAGGAGCCUUAUAGUGACCCCUAUCCAAGAAACGAGCCAAAAACACAACAGCAAGAAACUGGUACAUAAAGGCGUAAAGAAAAGGCUGUGGACUGGAUACUAAUCACGCC